AUGAAAAAUCGCAAACUGAAUAACGAGAAACUCCCGCAGUUUGGCGACUUUGUCUAUAGUCACGAUAUAACGCCACCCGAGAAGGAAAAUGAAUCAAACGAGCAUGAUGAAAAUGUGAAAGAGAUUUUUCGACAGUUUGCCGAUAAAACCACAGCUCACGGGGUUAAACGUGUAUUCAUUGCGAGGAAUCAAAUAUCCGCAUUCAUGUGGAGCAUGAUUAUAACCCUAUUUUUUAUAAUGUUUCUUUACCAAGCCGCCAAACUUAUAAUUAAGUAUAAUAACCAUGAAAAAAUAACUGAUAUUUCGCUGAAAUUUGAUAAAGUUGAAUUCCCAGCGAUCACAUUUUGCAAUUUAAAUCCAUACAAAAAGAGCUUGGUGAUGAUGGUUCCUUCGAUUCGAGAUACGAUGGAUGUCUACGACAAUGCGAAAUCCCAUAGUAAAAGUGUAGAAGAGAAGCGUAAAAAGCCGAAGAUUUCACGGAAACAACACUCGGAUGCCGGACAAGAAAUGGUUCGUAAAUUAUUUGCAAAAGAAAUUGAAGAAGGGAUGAAAGAGCUGAAGAAAGGCGCAGCCGCGUUGAACGAAACAUUUGGUGGCACAUUUAUGAAUAGGAGGCAAAAGAGAUUAGCGGACACAAGACGAUAUGAAGCUAUUGAAGCGCAUUGCAAAUGCGUUGGAAGUUUGGAUAUGGAGUGUAUUCGCUUUGAAUCGCCGCCAAAGGAUCCUACUUCAAAGUGUGUUUGCACAUACGAUCGUGAUAUGCAAGUGGCAUGGCCAUGCUUUAAUAUGAGCAUUUGGUAUGAUCACGAUUGCCCUCUUUGUCACGAUGAUGGUUAUUGCGAGUCAGCCCUUCCAGCAGGAAUAACUUCAUCUGAUCACUGGCCAUGCAUGUGCCGAAGUCGCGCUGACACUUCUGAAGUCGAUGACAAGCCGUAUUGCAUUGCAAAACCUGGAAUUGGACCAGUAGAAAUUCGAAAGUUAUGGCUUGAUAAUGUAUCGACAACAACCACUACUACUACUACACCAAUUCCAAUAACAACAACUACGACAACUUCUACAAGCACGUCUACAAUAACAUCAACAACUACGUCAACUACAACCAGCACUUAUACGACUACAACUACCGAAGAACCUUCUACUACCACAAUUCCACCUGCGAAGCCAAAUCAAAGGGCCAUUGUCAGCAACCCAGAGACAAUCAAAGCUAUGGGUUUUCAGGGAAUGACUGAUGGAGUUGCUAUGCUCACAAGAGCCAAGGAAAAUCUCAUGUUCACCAUGGCUGCUCUUUCUGAUAAACAAAGAAUUGCUCUUAGUCAGACGAAACAUGAAUUUAUAGAAAUGUGCUCGUUUAAUGGAAAAGAGUGUAAUAUAGAUGAAGAUUUUCGACUUCAUGUGGAUCCAGAAUUUGGAAACUGCUUCACGUUUAAUUACGAUGUCAAUAACAAUUAUACUAGUAGUAGGGCUGGCCCUAUGUAUGGAAUUCGUGUGCUCUUAUUUGUUAAUACAUCGGAUUAUAUGUCGACAUCCGAAUCGUCCGGAGUUCGAUUAGCAAUCCAUCCUCCAACGGAAUGGCCGUUUCCUGACACUUUUGGCUAUUCCGCUCCGGUUGGAUUUGCAAGUAGUUUUGGAAUUAAAAAGAAAGUGAUGCAACGUUUGCCAGCGCCUUACGGCGAAUGUGUGGAGUCGAAAAAAGUCACCGAUAAGGACUAUAUUUACGCCGGAUAUGAUUAUCAUCCAGAAGGAUGCCAUCGUAGUUGCUUCCAAACCGGUUUGAUCAACGAUUGUUCUUGCGGUGAUCCGCGAUUCCCUGUGCCGGAAGGGAAAAAGCAUUGCUCAGCAUUCAACGCAACAGCUCGUGCUUGCCUGGAAAAGAAUAUCGGAUCUGUUGGAGAUUUCCAUCAUAUAACCGAAAAUAAAUGUGUUUGUAAGCAAGCUUGUGAGGAAAUAAUGCACGAAGUUACUUUCUCCUGUUCAAAGUGGCCUUCGGGUGCUACCGAUCUGGGCGAUUGCGAAGGAAUGACGGAGACUGAAUGCGAACAGUAUUAUAGAUUAAAUGCUGCAAUGAUUGAAGUUUUCUAUGAGCAAUUGAACUAUGAGCUUCUUCAGGAGUCAGAAGCUUACGGUAUUGUAAACUUACUUGCCGAUUUUGGUGGUCACUUGGGUCUCUGGCUAGGGUUUUCUGUCAUCACUGUCACAGAAGUUGUCGUCUUAUUGGCUGACAUGCUCACAUUUGGCUUUAAAGGUCGCCAGGAGGAGAAACUGGAAAACACGCGGCGCGAAAAAGAAGCAAGAGUGCAUUCGAUCGUUGGUGUCAGCGAAAAAGGCGACGCCUUUGUUCAAAUUUAA